ACUACUGACAAAACGUCAACUGCGAGGGCAGCACUUUCAGAUUUUCAUCGCCUUGACUCCAGAACGUUGUCUCUGUCGAGCCCCACCUUUACGACAACCUCAACUAUCAUUAACACCAGCUCCUCCGGCUCAUUCCCUUAUGCUACCUUUGGGCGCCCAGAAUCCUCAAGCACUCUUCCGCUGACUUAUUCUUCUCCGCCGUCCAAUAAAUCUCAAGCUUCGCCACUUGUAGCGGCGACGGCAGCCGCCGCUGCUGCGGCCCAACUACUGGCUUGUCCUGGUCAAGUGCAACAACCCGCACUACAACAACUCCUCAAUUCACUCUUGCAGCCUCGAAGGGUGGAUCGAGCCCGGCUCGGGAUUGAAGUCCGCCAAGCCAGGGCUGUGCCACUCCUGCCACCACCACCCUACGAGCUGGUGGAUGUCGGUCAGAUUGCCAGCUGUACAGAUGCGCCUUCUUCAGGCGUGUCUUUUCUAAGGAGCCAAACUGAAUUAAACUCAUCCGGCACUGCCUGUAAUCAUGGCCAAGACGUCCGGGGGGUGGCUGCUGUCAUGCCAGACGCCACCUUGUAUUCGGGCGAUCGCUACCGAACGCAACCGGGCCAUGUUAGAUCUCAUCCUUCAUUUAGGGGUCCCAUACAGAAGACU